CUGGAGACCGUCGUGUGUUGGUUCAGAUUUUUUGGCUCUGUAGUACGAAAAAUGCAGAGUCAGUAGAAGAUUAAUUUAAGAUAGAGACUGAGAUACACGAAAUCUUCAAAAAUGGACACCGCCGCCCGGCGCAAGGAAACUUCGAAGCAGCUGGUGCUCGCUUUUCGGGCGGCUUGUAAGAACAAGCCUCCCCCUCCGCACCAAGCCGCAAAGACCAGAACGGCCGGACAGCCCAUCACUGAUGCCUCUACUUCACAUGCCAAACAGCCGCACCCAUCCGCCGGACUACAGCAGGGUAGUAGUUCUUAUUUCGACAUCCAGGCCUUGCUGCAACACGGCAUCCCGCAUGCCAACGCACAGGGGAUCGCAUUGUCCGCCUCCAGUGCCGCAACCGUUGCUGCAACGACCGACUUCUAUUCGACGGCUUUUAGCUCUGGAGUUCUGGUGCAAGAUGAGCGGCCUGCUGGACGUGCAGCCACAGAGGGCACCUCGUCCUGCCCCUCCUCGUCCUCCUCGAAGAGGCCAAUGCUGGUGUCCAACGCAGAUGUCCGUGUGGCGGUUUUUCACGCGGUGGAGAAGCGGUUUCUGGAAUUGGUUGCAGCUGUUGAAAAUAACAAUGGAGUAUCCACAGUAAAUUUCCUGUACAACACGUACAAACGCCGUUUCUGCAUGACAAAACUUGGCUUCGAUCCUAGUUUAGCAUGACAAGUUUGACCCUCCAAAUUGGUGAAGUUUGUGAUGCAUCCUGUACAUGUGCUGGAAAUUUGUAUUGCAUAGGGAGAACUACUAGGAGAUGUUGACAUCACAGGAACGGACCACACGGGAAGUUCGAGUGGUCCCGUCUUGAAUGAGCAGGACAUUAGCACGCUUUGCCUCGCGUUUGGGAAGGAGCAGAGUGUGCUUGAGCAUAAAUUAAGUGAAAAAAAUGGUAUGGGCACCGCCCUUCGGCCGGCAAAAAUCGUGAAGCAUCAGCCGUUCUGGGAAGGCGUCAGCAAGUUUUUAGCAGGCCACUUCCGCAGGCAGCAUCUGAGUUGUAGUAGAAACGUGGCAAAUUCAGAUACGAUAUGCAUGGCAAAAGUAUCGUACUAGCAUCAAUUGCAUUACAAAUUUGUCCAUCUGGAAAAAAAUGGAAUUUGUCAUGCUAAUUCACCUAAAAAGGUGUAUUUGCCAUGCCUGAUAGCAAUUACUACGAGUGCGAUACUUUUGCACAGGAUAUACGACCUCGGAGUUUUUCACCCCCCAGGGGCUGGCAUUGACUUUGAACGGUCUGAGCAAGUACUAUCAGCAGUGGGAAACUGUUCAUGGAAAGCAGCAUGACAAAGGCUCCGGGUUGAAAAGAAUCUGCACGCUUUUGGACCCUUUCACCAAGAAAUGUUUGGAAACGAAGUGUCUGCAGUUCGCCUUCGCUGACACAAGAACUACGGGGUCUGCUUGUGUUUCGGCGGGAACAUUAUAUCGUAGAGCAGCACCGAGGAACCACCGUACCGAUGCAAAAAAUGCUUUCUCCCAAGCCCACCUGGCGAUGAUCUGCAAUGCUUGGGUCCACCUGGAAUUCUCGUUGGACAAUUUUGUUCGAUUCGCCGAGAGCAUCUUUACGUUCAACCGUUGUAGUGACAAGGCGAGUUGGGGUUCUACUUGCGCAGGACAAAGAAAGAACGAGGACUUCAACGCUUGUUCUCCCACCAACUGGUCUUUCAAAACCACUUGCGUGGUCCUCAACGCCUGUUGUAAGCUACUGUUUCCGAAUUCGCUGGACUUAGACGCUACAGUAGUACACAGUGAUUCUGCAGACGACGGGUAUAAUAACACCAGCGGAGGCUGUACAAUAAACAGUGCGAGUGCUUCUACGUCGAUGUUGUGUUCCUCCAACAAAAAGGCUCUCCUGGAUUUGCGUGAAAACAUUUCCCAAUUCUUAACAACCGAGUACAUCAACCGGAGAUUGUGCGAUGAAUUGCGGCUACUUCCAGCAGACUACAGGGGUUCUUGUCGACUCGCCGAGUCGGAGGGAAAACGCCACGCUGACGAAUUUUCCGAGCAGCACAUUGCCAUGUUCUUGCACGCACUUGCAAGGUUUCAGAUUGACAUUGGAAAUAAUAAUAAAAAUAAUUCGCCCGCGACGAACAAAAUAGCGAUGGAACUUUUGGCGGAUCGAUAUUGGAAGAUCUUUUGUGAAACAUGUGGCUUGGAAGGCGAAAACGAAGAAAAGGAUGGUAAUCAAGUAGCUGGUGCCGAUCAUCAACCCCCUACUACAUCAGGAGCCGAUAUCAAUCCUUGCUUCGACCACGAGGACACGAGGAAUAAAUCUCCGGUGCGGCUGCGACUGGCAGCAGCCAACGGGAGGCAACCGGAUCAUGUUGAUGGAUUGCAAAUCAGUCACGGAUUCUGCACGGUGGCGCUUGCACUAGCCCGGUCCGGGAUGUUUGAUCCGAGAUUUCACGACGCUGCGUAUUUUUUGACAAGGAAAUUCCGCAAAAAUACAGGAGGUUGUCAUGCGCAGAUGCGGCAAGAACUUGAACCAGUUCGCCUUCAUCUUUACUUCCAAGAACCCCAACACCUGGUGAACUACGUAUUUGCGCAGCAGCUGGCGAGAUCCCUGAGAGGACGAGGGAGGGAUGGCAACGACGCAAAUUAUGAUUAUCCUGCAUCAAGUGCAAGAACCACCGAUUUCUUCCUGGCGGAUCUCGGACGGAGAGAAAUGCUUGCGCAAGAACAGUUGUCUAGACCUUGUGGUGCAACAUCAGCCGAUAAUCGUCGUGCUCAACACGCGCCGGAAGCAGAGCAUGAGCAACAGCUUGCUCCCGCGUGGCUUUCGGUGCAGGGGAAGAGCCAAAUUCUUAGCUCGCUGUUUUCCGCUUUCCAUUUCAGCGAAUCUAGAUCUACCACGGCGCCGGGGAGGAUGAAGAAGACCGCAGCAAGUAAUUCUUGUCACUGGACGACGCGGCUUUUACCCAAUUGGCCCUUUCACAGCCUGCGCUUUUUCGCGGGGUUGCUGGAAGAUAAUGUGUCACCAGGGCCGGAAGCUGCAAGAAGUAACAUUUCACCGAGUUUAUCAGGCUCUUUCCAGGCCCCCACUAACUCGUCAACCUUUCAGGCGGAAGUAGCGGAAACAAUUUGUAGGAUAAAAAGCACUUGUUCUUCGACUUCUGCACAGAGUGAAGAUUCUUUUUCUUCAAUCAAAAACAUGUUUCUUCUCAAGGAAGCGCAAGUAGCUUUUUACUUUGUUGACAUACUCUUGCAGCGACCAGGAUGCUUUUCAGAACAAGCGUAAACGUCAUGCGAAUCAACGACACGAAUACAAGAAUAGUAAGCGCAAAUGUCAUGAUCAUUCC